AUUAAAUUAAAAUUAUUUUUAAGUAUGAAAGAAGAAAAUUCAUGCUCUCUUUCAAGUACUUUCUCCUUAAAACCUGCUGCAAAAUUAGAUAGAGGGAGAUGGAAGGCAGAAGAACACGAACUAUUUCUCAAGGGUGUGAAGAUGUAUGGCAGAGACUGGAAGAAGAUUGAGCGUCUUGUGGGAACUAGAACUGGCCCUCAGAUCAGAAGCCACGCACAGAAGUAUUUUAACAAAGUAAACAAAGAAAAGCAGCAGCAUGAAGGUACUAGCAGCCCUUCCUCUUCAAAUAAGGGUUCAGCAACCUCGUUAUUUAGUCUGACAGAGUUAAAGAGGUCUACAAAGAAAGAACACGACAAAACUCGCAGGUUGAAAAAUAGAUCGAUCCCUAAAAUGGAAGAUUCCAUAUUCAAAUCCAAAGUUGGAACUGCUGAGAAUUCCCUGAAUCCAGACGAAAUGAAGUAUCUGGACAACACUGUGAGAGAAAGCGGCAUAAAUACAUCUCUAGAACAAAGCAGUGGCAAGAGAUUUUAUAGUGAAGAUGAAGUCCUGCUGCUGAUCAAGAACUUAGUUAAGGAAUUUGGCAAUAUUGUGGACAAAAUUUCCAACAAUCGUCCCUCUUUUUCACCUGGCAAUGGCGGGCUUGGAAAUUUGAAUUCAAUUUUGAUCCUAUCUUUAAUGAUGGGCGAACAGAGUAAGGCUCCAAUGCCUCAAAAUCUCUUUAAUAGUCCUAUGGAUGGGCUUAAUACCAAUCUUUUGACUUCAUUGUCAGAUAUCUCAAAAAUAGCUUCUUUGCCGAGCAUGGUCAACUUGCCUGGGCUUCCAAAGCCAAAUGACUUGAGUGCCUUGCUUAAUAGUCAGGUCCAGAAAAAGGGAGAAGAGAAGAUUAGUUCUGAAAAUUUGUUAAAAAUACCAAAGAUCAAAAGCUGUCCGAAGGUAAAUAACCCAAGCUUGGAUGUUUUCCUCGAAGGGGAAUGUAUCUCCCAAUCAGAUAAUUCUAUAAACCUCCCAGGACAUCCUAAGCCUGCUGUCCCAACAUUCUCUUCUGGAGGAACUGGGUUCAAGAGGUAUGACAACCUUCAAGUGGAAGGUAAGGAGGAGCUAUUUUCAAUUCCUACUUUGGAAUCAAAGCAGGAUGCUAACUAAUUUCAUCAAAUUUUUCGUUUAAAUAAACUCGACAUUUUUGUUUU